AUGACCAUCAAAGCUGCGCAAGAAUUACCAGCAAAUCCCUUCCAGCAGCUAAUCACGGCAUGCAAGAACGACCCGAUAGAAAUCCAAUGUGUUUAUGAAAAGCAUCGAACGAACCGUAAUGCACAGUUCAAGGAACGUCUCCUGAAUCCUGCCUUUCGAGAAUGGCAAUUUGAUGAGAUCCUGCACAACGUGCUUAAGGCUGAAAAGGGUCUGGUCGACUACGUCGAUCCCAGACACAACCUUGGCUUCUGGACGCGGCCACCUCGUCAUAUACGAGAACUUGUCUCAGAUAUUCAGCGAGAAAUUGCAUCGGUAGCGGGCACUUGUCUCUGGUUUAUGCCUCCAGAAAAUCUGCACAUGACAACCCUUGAAAUAGUAUCCGGGAAAGAAAAGCGAGAUGUCGAUGAGGUCACCGCGUUUCUCCAAGCCAAUGCGCCGCUACAGGAAUUGGUGAACUACACCCUAACACAUCGUGCUCGACUUGGACGCCCAGUCGUCAGCUAUGAUGCCUCUGCCCUGGCUUUGAGCUUCCUUCCUGUCUUCGAAGGUACAGAGAAGACGAAUGAGGCUGAAAAUCGGAGCUAUUCUUAUCACCACCUUCGCAGAGACCUCUACGACCGGGUCACCCAAUCUGGUUGCCAGAUCGGGGCCCGAUAUUGUGUGCCCUCGGCGCACAUUACGAUUGCACGAUUUGUCGUUCCUGUUGUAUCUACACACGAAGAAGAGCUAGCUGCGCUUGAAGGGAAGGUAGUCAAGCUUGUUGAAAGACUCGAGGACAUCAACCAGGAAUUGCGAUCAAAUGACUGGAAACGAUUCGGAAACCCCUCACGAGGCGAGUGGACUGUUGGGCAAGAACAAGGGCUGGAACUUAACAAAGGAGUAGCAUGGUAUGGAACAGGCGAAAAGGUCAUGAUCGGUCAAGGACAUCCAUAG